UGUCAGGGAGACAGAUAGGAUUAGAGAUGGCGUCCUUAGCUUUUCGGAGAUCCUGUGCUGGGGCACUAAAGCUUACCUUUCAUCAAAGAGCGUCAUUCUUAGAAACCAAAGUUACUGCAUCUAGGUUUGCAGCUUGCAGACUAAAGUCAUCUGUGCUGUAUCUCACACGCCAAGACUUGCCAAAAUUGGCUUACCAGAAACUUAAAGGCAAAAGUCCUGGAGUUAUAUUCUUGCCAGGUUAUGCAUCCGAUAUGAAUGCUCAAAAAGCAUUGGCACUAGAAGAAUUCUGCAAAUCUCUUGGGCAUUCAUUUGUCAGAUUUGAUUACACUGGAUGUGGAAGUUCAGAGGGGAAUAUCAAAGAUGGUACAAUUGGAAAGUGGAAGAAAGACGUCCUUUCUGUUCUUGAUAACGUAUCUGAAGGACCUCAGAUAUUGGUUGGAUCAAGCAUGGGGGGGUGGUUAAUGCUGCUUGCUGCUAUUGCACGACCAGAAAAGAUUGCUGCUUUAGUUGGAGUAGCCCCAGCAGCAGACCAUUUUGUCACACUGUUUAAUCAACUGCCCCUGGAGGAGAAAAGGGCAGUUGAAGAAAAGGGUGAAUGGAAAAUGCCUUCAAGAUAUAAUGAAGAAGGUUUUUAUAGCAUACCAUAUUCACUUAUCAAAGAAGCAGGAAAUCACUGUUUACUAAACAGUCCUAUUCCCAUAACUUCUCCUGUUAGACUUAUCCACGGUAUGAAAGAUGAAGAUGUCCCAUGGCAUGUUUCGAUGCAGAUUGCUGACUCUGUACUUAGUACAGAUGUAGACAUUAUUCUCCGCAAGCAUGGUUUGCAUCGAAUGAGUGAAAAAGAUGACAUUAAACUCCUUGUGUAUACUAUAGAUGAUUUAAUUGACAAGCUGACUACUUUAGGGUGAAGAUGAUAAAAUAAACUAAAUGACUGCUAAAUGAAUAAACAAUAAACGCAAACUGUUUGUUCUGGUA